AUGACAGCGCAGUCACCGGACCUUAAUUGUGCUCUCUACCUCUGGCGUUUGCAGGUUUACAAUGACUACAAUGUCACCUCUAUGGAAGGCCUGUUGACGUACCUCAAGCAUACAAACAACCCCUCACAUAGGUUUAUACCACCAUCGUUACAACCAAGACAGAAGAAUGUCAGCUUUGCUGACAUGUAUCCGCCUUAUGAAAACUUAGGAGUGCUGCAGGGACUAAUGGCGAUAGCCAUUAUAACUGCAGACAUCACUAUGCUACUAUGGAUUAUUGGAAGCGUUGCUUUCUUUUGGAGGGCUGCAUUUGACGACUUGAGUGCAUUUUAUUGUAUUAAAGGCGAAGACAAGUGGUCUUACUUUGUUGACUACAGAAAAGAAAAGGACGAGAGUAAAAAUGAGGACACCGAUCUCGACGAUGAGCAUAGGAGAGAAGAACUUCUUCAACGCUUAGAAGCAAUCAUUAUAACGAUGCAAAGUUCGGAAAAGGAUCCAUCGGUUGUCUAUCCUGUUGAUAAGAACGAGGGUAAGGAGGAGAGGGUUGAGCUCCAUGGUGAAAUGGCGCCUUCUGAAAGCUAUCAAAAGGGCGACCUCCCUGGUGAGGUGAUUCCUGCCAUUCCACUUAUUCCAAACUCUUCUGAAUACACUCUGGCCAGGCAUUGUCUUCUUUUGUCUUUAUUGAGUCAUAUGGGGCGCAAGAAGCACAAGCAACCGCGGCCCAGCUCCAAAAAGGCCAACAAGAAGCAGAUGCGAAAAAAACAAUCCGCAAUUGUACAACGCUGUAUUCAGGCUCUGAAUUCAAAGACGGAUAACUUUCGCGCGAAACUGUCAGAACCUCAAAAAUCACUCCCAAAAAAGCCGCCAAAUGGUUCUCUAAAACACUUUAAACCCAUUCGAAUCGAGUUGGUGGAACGCGCUGCAUUGGCUGAUGCUGCCAAUCUGCUGGAAAGUAAAUUCCAUCUUGGGGACACCAAUCCACCUGGACAGAAGGAGAACUCCUGA